UAAGCAACACUGUAAAAAUGUCACUGUCAGAGAUCCUUCAAAAGGGUCGUGUUGCAGUGAAUUGUGGUAUUUUAGGUGUAAGAAUAUCUAGAAAAUACAUUUAUACCCAUAAAAUGAGUGAGAAACCAGCAGAACACACUGCAAGCAAUGGCUUUGAGAGCAAAACUCCGUUUCUGAUAGGAGUAGCAGGCGGUACAGCUAGUGGCAAGUCAACAGUAUGCCAAAGGAUCAUGGAGAAGCUUGGACAACAGCACAAAGAACAGACUGAGAGGCGAGUAGUCUGCAUCAGCCAAGACUCCUUCUACAGAACACUAAAGCCAUCCGAGAGGCUGAGAGCUGAACGUGGACAGUUCAACUUCGAUCACCCGGACGCAUUUGACGACAAGAAACUUUUGUCAAUACUCAAAGACAUACUCGCUGGAAAGAAAGUUGAAGUACCUGAAUAUGACUACAUUUCGAAUUCAAUAAGCCAUCGUUCGCAUACCAUUUACCCGGCGGAUGUGGUGCUCAUCGAAGGUAUCUUGGUGUUCUACUUCCCGGAAGUCAGGGAACUUUUUCACAUGAAGCUAUUCGUUGACACCGAUUCGGACACCAGGCUUGCAAGACGAGUGCCGCGCGACAUCAUGGAGCGCGGCCGUGACCUUGAACAAGUUCUCAACCAAUACAUGAACUUCGUCAAGCCGGCCUUCGAGGAGUUCUGUCUUCCCACGAAGAAAUUCGCCGAUGUCAUCAUUCCUCGUGGUGCAGAUAAUUUUGUUGCCAUCGAUUUGAUCGUGCAGCACAUAUCAGAAUACUUGAAGAAGAAUUCUUCGGACAAGGUGCAGUUGCAGCUGUCGACUCUCGCGCCCUCUGUGCCCAGCAGCCCGCAGCGGAGCGGUAAGGGAGGGCGCCCUCAUUAAGAUAAUUAACUUUAUUGAAGAAAGAAAUUAUUGAAAGUUGAAAUGUAAUGAGACUGGUUUGACUAGUUCAUACUAAAACAACCAAAGUUUAUGUAGUAAUGAGAGUAUCGUUUCAAAGAUAUUUUAAGAAGUGGCAACAUUAUGAGAUUUUUUUCGAGCGGAUAAUAGGUGACUAAUUAUUUUUAAACAUUUGCUAUAUUAAGUAAUUCAGAGUAGAAUUCAUGCAAAAUUUUAGAGCGAUUGUGCCUAGAGACGUCAAAGUAUAGUAAAGAGAAGAUUCUAAUGAAUAUAGUUAAAUUGCUUAGAUUUUUCACUAAAACGCACGUUUAAAAUCUUAUUAAAUAAAAUAAAUAAAAUCUCCAGUUAAAAUAAAUAACUUAUGCUCUAUUCACACCAAAAAUAAACAUUACACUUAAAGUAGACCAUGUUAGUAUGAUACGAGCUCUCUGCUCUAUAGUUUAUGAAAACUGUCGUAAGCUUAGCCCUUUUGACAAUCAGCGGAACACGAUGCACUCGGCUGUAUGCGAUACGAUGUUACGACUCGAGACGUUGAGAGACAACUGGCAAUAAG